CAAAUUCCAAAUCCUAGACGUUGAUGUUUUGGUUUUUAAAGAGAUUUAAUUGUCUUGAUAGGGUCAAUUAAUUAAAGUGACCAAUUCCAGUGAUUACAAGUACGAGUACAAUAGGACCAAGACACAAGAACGUGACAAAAUGGAGACGACAAUAAAAAGAAUUGAACUGGUAACCUUGUCACUAAAGGACAUUGGAAAAUCAAGUGAACCAAUAUCAGAAAUAUGGUGAUGCAAUAGAUGAACAGGUAAACCUUGAAACUGCUCGAAGUUCAAUUAAAUGCCUGUGAAAUGAUCUAGAGCGUGAGAGAAAAGCUCAUGCAAUAACCAAAGAUAAAUUACCUCAACGUGGAAAUGAAUUUAUUAAUUUAAAAAAUUAUCUACUACUGGUAAGGUUGAAGGUUACAUCGCUUCAGGCCAAAUUAAAGGAAGCAAAUUGAUGACACAGACAAAUAAUCAAACGAAAACACUGAUGGAAACAAAACAAUUUAAGUAACCACCGCAUCUCCAUCCCCACACACACACAUACACUCAUAAAUACAUACACAUAAACACACAAACGAAAAAAUUGGCGAAAAAAAGACGUGCGAAUUCACAUAGAAAAGAAAAAGAAAAAUUCUACAAAAAGAAGAGCUACUAUUUUUUUACGAAACUCGAAACACGCAAAACUCAAAACUUCAACGAAGAAAUUCAAAGGUGAAAAUUUCUCUCUAAAGUGCUAAAGAAUUACAACUAUAAACAAUUAAAAAAGAAAACAAACAAACAAAUUCUUAUGAAUGAAAAGAAAUUUAAAAAAAACUUCUAAGGUGAAUUAAGGUGAUGAUUACAACUCAACGUCUUUCUUAUUUAUUAUAAAAUCUUUUUUUUUUGUUUUCUGUUUCACAAGAACUACAACAAUUAACUAACAAUCAAACAGCUUUUUCUGUUCCUUGUCCUCUUCAAAUCCUCAAUUUUAAUCCAUUACCUGUAAUCAUCUGAUCCUCUUUUCCCGAACAUUUCAUAUUCCAUCAAACCAAUUAUAUAUUUAACUAUAUAUCUGAUAACUUAGUAACUUUAUCAUUCCCUUUUUUGAGAUGAAACAAAACAAAAUCUAUUUCCUCUGUUUCCUUUUUUCGUUUCCUUAUUUAAAUUAGAAAAUAAUUCUUGAUUGAUUAAGAAAAACAUCAACAAAUGUCACUGUAAAAAUCCUUUUCUCUCUCUCUCUCUCUUUCUUACUCUUACUCUUAAUAUUUUGAAGAAAAAAGUCCAACAUCCAUGAAUUAACCUUGCAAAUGAUUAAUAGUUGAUCUAAAUUUCACUAAUUGACAACAAUGGAACAAUUAAAAGCCGAAUAAAACAAUUAAAUUAAUUCUCAAAUCGGAUCAACAAAAGGAAAAUUUUUCCAUUCAGUAAGAGAAAAACUCUGACCGAAAUUAGUAUAAGCCCCUUUCUCAAAUUCUACCAAAUCUAAUCCUAGACGUUGAUGUUUUGGUUUUUUAAAGAGAUUUAAUUGUCUUGAUAGGGUCAAUUAAUUGUUCUAUUAAUUUAGAUCGACCAGUUUAAUGUUUUUGGACCAUUUUCAUCUAAUACUCAUCGUUUAAUCAAUUAAUUACCAUCCAGUUGAUUAUUGGGUUAACAUUUUCUCUGUUUUUCUCUAGGCCUCAACAAUUUACUUACUUCAAGGUUGCCUCUUUCUUUUUCUCUCUUUCUCUUUCUUUUACUCUCUUUCUUUUUUCUUCUUCUCUUUCUUCAUCUUCUUUCAAGGAUCGGGAUCAGCUACCUGAUCCUGUUAUACCUUCAGUGUAUCGGCCAUUUUCUGUAUCACUUUGAAUUAUUCUUCCAAUUAAUUUAAUUUGAUUACGUUUUAUCUUGAAAUGUCUUCAGAAUCGUCUCGUAAAUUACCCACUAUGCUUUCGGAAGGCGGUGAUGGCGAUAAUUGUAAUAACGAUAAUUUAUUAGGAUGUAACUUGAACGACAAAACUAUCAAUGGUAAAAAUGUUGUUGUUACUACGAAUGACGAUUUUAAAUCACUGAAUGAAGCCAGUAGUAGUAAUAAUAGUAGGGAUAGUUGGACUACUAUUGAUAGUGAUAAAGUAUGUGAUGGAGCAACAUCAGCUGAAGAUACUAGAGAAACCGGUGAAUCAAGUCGAAGUGGAGAUCAACCAAAAUCACCAGUUAGUGAAUUAUCUUGUGGAAGCUCAUUUUCGAGUGAAAGUGAAGACAAAUGGAGACCCACCUCUGGUCCAAUGCAAUGGCUUCAACAACAAAUGAUACUCGGCACUGAUCCACGAAACGUUUUACGAGAAGUUUUACCCGAAGCUUUAGAACAUUUACCUCCUCGAGUUGACAAUCUAAUUCUUUGGAAAAUUCUACUUAACUUGUUCUCAGAGCCUCCACCACGUAAAAAGCUACCCCAUGUUAAUACCUUGGACGAUGUUGUCGAUUUAAUCAGAAACUGUAGUAACAUCAUUGUACUAACUGGUGCCGGUGUCUCCGUAUCCUGUGGGAUUCCUGAUUUCAGGUCAGCCAAUGGUGUUUAUGCCAGAUUGAGGAAAGUAUUCCCUGAUCUACCUGAUCCUCAGGCAAUGUUUGAUAUUCAAUAUUUCAAAGAAGAUCCUAGACCUUUCUUCAAGUUUGCCAAGGAAAUUUAUCCUGGUCAAUUUCAACCUUCCAUUGCUCACAAAUUCAUCAAAUUGAUUGAAGAACAGAACAAAUUACUUCGAAAUUACACCCAGAAUAUUGAUACCUUGGAGAAAGCUGCUGGUAUUGAAAAAGUUAUUACUUGCCAUGGCUCUUUUGCUACAGCGACUUGUAUGCGAUGUGGAUACAAAACAAAUUCUGAUGCAAUCAAGGCGGAUAUUUUCGCCCAAAAUUUACCACUGUGCCCCGAAUGUCCCGAAGACUCUGAACCCCUGCCAGUAAUCAAACCUGAUAUCGUUUUCUUUGGUGAAGGUUUAUCUGAUGAGUUUCAUGAUUCUAUGGCUUUGGAUAAAGAUAAAUGUGAUCUAUUAAUUGUUAUGGGAUCUUCAAUGAAAGUACGACCAGUAGCUUUAAUUCCUAAUGCAAUACCACCCGAUGUACCACGAGUUUUAAUUAAUCGAGAACCUUUGGAACAUAUUUGUUUCGAUGUUGAACUUCUCGGCGAUUGUGAUGACGUAAUACAGCAAAUAAGUCGUAAACUCGGUGGAGUUUGGUUAAAUUUAUGUGAAUCGGAUUCUAAAGCUUCCUCAUCAUCCGAAAGACAACAAGGUAGAGGUUUAGAUGAUACUAAUAACAAUAGUGACAUCGACUCUUCAGAAUCCAGCUCUUCGGAUACAUUUAAAUCAUCUUCCUCAAUAUCAUCCCCAGUUGCUCCAAUUAAAGAAGAAACCUCAGCAUCGAUGUUAACAAUCCCAGAAACAUCUAAUUGUGACGAUGACUCUAUGGAGCCUGGUCCAAGUCAUGAAGCCUCAUCAUCCUCAUCUUUAAUCUGAACAUCAUCCAAACAAAUGCCUUGUUGACAUCUUAUCAUCAAGUCUCAUUUCUUAUCUCCAUUUCACUCUUGUUUAUCUUCAUUUUUACCCUUAACCCUUAACCCUUACGAUCAAACAACAAAGGGAUUCUCCUGAAAAGUUCAUCUCUCUAUCUAAUAUCUAUUUAGUUUCGUUGACACAGAGAAAAGUACACACAAGAUUAAGUUCAAUCAGAUUUAAAGAUAAAUUUGAUUGAUUGUAAAUUUUACUAAUUUGUCUGGAUAGUGCAAGACUUAACCUCUAAUUGAAUACUAACAAAGAUAGAAACAAAAAACUUUCCACUUCUCUUCAAUACUUUAUAUUAUAAUAUAAGAGUUAAUUUGUUAGGUUCUGGUGAUAGAAAAUCCCAUUUACAAUUAAUCUCUUCACCAUUAAAUUCUGCAUUUCUUUUAACUUCUUCAAAAUUAAUCCAAUUCUACCUGCGACAAUCAUCAACUUGCUUUUCCGAAGCCAAUCAAAUUAUCUUCACCCGAUUGAUUAAUUAAACCUCAUUUUCGAUAUAAAAAAUAAUUCUUGGACUGGUCUCAUACUUUGGACUCUAGAUGACCAUUGACCAGCGAUUAACUGUUUUUUUUAUUGUAAAAACAAAUGAGAAGGACAAAAUUUAUUAAUCACCAUCAAUCUUCAUCAUCAUCAUCAAUUUCAUCAUUGGAUUUCCUUAAUAUACUCUCAUCAAUGUUUUUUAUUUAAAAGGUAAACAUCAAACCAAAAGAAAUGAAAAAACUUCCAUUUUAUCAGUUAAUAAUUUUCGAUCUUUAAAUUUAAAGACAAAAUUAUUCUUUCUUUAUCUCUUUCGUUCUUUCUCUUCAAAAUCAUAUACAUAUGUAUAUCUAAAUUGAUUCAACGAGGAUAAACAAUUAAUCUCGUUGUGGAUAAAUUUUAUUCUUAAAUUAUUAUGAUCACCGACACACCUUUUAAAGCCUGUUACUAUUCACUAAUAAUCGUCCAUUGUUGAACCAAAGUGUAGUAUCUUUUUUGAUGGACAAGUGAGAGUACAAAACGAUAAAUUUAUGAAUAAUACCUAAUGUUCAAUACUUUUAAUUCAUCAAGAUAAACCACAGAAAACAAACCUAACUAAUUAAUCAUAAAAUCUUUAAUAUCAAAUAAAAGUAAAAAGUACAGUUAACAUACUGAAAAA